GAUUGAUUGGGAAUGCGUGCGUUGAUUUAAUAAAUUAAAUCAUCUAAAUUCCGGUCGCCAGCGUUAUGGAUUCUUCUUCCUUUUUGAUCCCUUGUUUAAUUCUUUGCUUUUUGGUGGGCCCGCUGGCUGCGAGCUUUCCUCUGUUUUUGGGCGGCCGGAACGAGUGCGCGAGCGUCGUCGAGGGGGCGGCGGUCUGGGAGGCGAAGGCAGCAGGAGCCGUGGGGGAGUACUCGACGACGGAGGAGAUAAGGAGGAUGGCGCACGCGCCGGAGACGGCCCGGUGGAUGCUGCGGCUCCGCAGGGAGCUCCACGAGUUCCCGGAGCUCGCCCACGAGGAGUUCCGCACCAGCGCAGCCAUCCGCCGGGAGCUCGACGGGAUCGGGGUUAAGUACCGGUGGCCGGUGGCCGGUACCGGCGUCGUCGCCACCGUCGGCACUGGCUUCCCGCCCUUCGUGGCCCUCAGGGCCGACAUGGAUGCGCUGCCAAUCCAGGAACUGGUGGACUGGGAUCACAAGAGCAAAAUCGACGGCAAAAUGCAUGCUUGCGGCCAUGAUGCCCACGUCAGCAUGCUCCUUGGCGCCGCAAAAAUACUGCAUCAACUCGAACACACACUCCAAGGAACAGUAGUUCUGAUAUUUCAGCCGGCGGAGGAGAAGGGAGUCGGGGCCUCAGAGAUGAUCCGUGGAGAUGCCCUCAAGAACGUGGAGGCCAUAUUUGCCAUGCACGUGGCUUACCUCCUUCCCGCAGGGGUGGUGGCCUCCAGAGCAGGGGAGUUUUUGGCUGGUUGUGGGUACUUUAGGGCCACCAUCAGCCAUGAUGGACCUCCACAGGCAGCCAUGAACACCAUUUUAGCUGCUUCAGCUACCGUGAUCAGUCUGCAGAAUCUAGUCUCGAGGGAAGCCGAUCCCUUGGACGGCCAGGUGGUGGCAGUAACUCGAGUAGACGGAGGCAGUUCUAAUUCUUACAGUGACAUUCCGAGUUCAGUAACGAUAUCAGGCACGUUCAGGGCGUUCGGCAGGGCAAUCUUCCGAGAGAUCAGCAGGAGAAUAGAGGAGGUGAUCGAGGCGCAGGCGGCGGUGUACCGGUGCGCAGCAGAGACGGAGUUCUCGAACGCGGGGGAGCCGCUGAUUCCUCCGACGGUGACUGAUGGGAGAGUGGACGAGUACGCGCAGGAGGUAGCCAGGGAGCUUUUGGGGAGCGACAAGGUUGAGAUUGCGCCGCGAGUGAUGGGGAGUGAGGACUUCGCUUACUAUUUGGAGCGAGUGCCGGGGACUUUGCUGUUGCUUGGGACUAAAAAUGAAGGGAUUGGCUCAGUGCAUCCGGCGCAUAGUCCUUACUUCACCAUUGAUGAGGAUGUGCUGCCCAUUGGAGCUGCAAUUCACGCCGCUUUCGCGCACCAUUAUCUUGUUAAAUCUGCAAAACGCGACCUUUAAUUAAUUAUGUCGCUGAGACGAAGAACAUCCAUCCAUCUAUACAUUCUAUCGAUCUCAAGGGUCAGGUUACUUGGCGUCA